AUGCAUAGCAAAAACCGUAAGUGUUUAUACCUUUCCUUUCCUACUUUUCCCCCCACACCCGCGUGAAUUAUAUCCCUCUGUGAUUUUUCCUGUAUCUCAGCACGCCUCCACUCCAGCACCCUGAUCAUAUUUGGGUCAAAAAUGUACUUGGUCUUGCUAGAACUCCACAUAAUCACAGAUUGGUGUGCUUAAUCACACAAGCACACCUCAGAUGGCGUCAUGCAAGGUGCUCAUUAGAGGAAAAUUACGCUGAAAUAAUGGGUGAAUAAUUUUUGAGAAGGUUCUGGCAUAGUUCUGGAUCUUCCAUUUAGGACUGAGGAAGGUUAACAGGAAAAAAAUAUUGCUCCUCAAUAAGCUAAGGUGUUAAUGGGAUGCCAGUCAUGCCCAAAAGGUGCCCCUUGCCAUGCAUGAUCUCUCUUUUUUUAUGAUUAAUAUUUUAUUGAAUUUUUGCAUAUCCUGCAUUACAGGUACACAUGUGGCAAAUGUUGUUUUAUGUUGUAAACAUUGACUUGUAUACAGAAAGUAAACAAAUAACUAUAUUAUACAAUGCUUACACUCCAGGAAAGAGAGAGAGUAAGAUGACCACAUGGUAGCAGCGACAACAAACAAUUAAAAAAAGAAAGAAAGAAAGAAAAGGGCAAUACGAGAACCAUCUAACAAAAGAUUAAACAGGACAGCACAAAAGUAAAAUACAAAAUUAAAGAAAGGAAUAAAUAAAUAAAUAUACUUAUAUGUUUAUAUGUGUAUUUGUGAGUAUUUGUUUUGGUGUUAUUCAUCUUUUUUCUCCUUCUUUCUUGUCUCGAUUCAGAGAAGCGUCACAUCUCCCCAGUCUCCGCUCGGAGCGCCCUGGUCCCCAUGAAGCCUAAGGCACCUGCUGUGGCCCCGGCUGUCACUCCCAGUCCAGGGGACACACUGGCUUUCAGGGUCCCUAAAGAUUACCCCCACUCCCGCUUCAGCAAGGCACCGCUUGCUGUCUACCCACCGAAAGGAUCUCGGAAUAAGACAUGGUUGGCAGAGAUUUAUUGUAAUGAUAAAAAAGCUGUAUUAGACCUUGGUUACAUGAAGUUUAACAGUUUUUUGAAUUGUGCUCUUCCCCUCUCUAGUGUGUCCCUCCCAGUUGUAAGCCUGGAGAAGAUGCCAUGCCUCAGCCGAACCGACUCUGCAUCCCAUGUGCGCCUCACCCCCUCUUCCUCCCCUUCUUCCUCCUCCUCCAACAAACCUCAAUCUCUCGCUUCCUCAUCAUCUCAACGGUCCACUGAAAAACUCCUGAAUGGUCGUGGCACCAGCGCGCCGUCCACACCACGCUCCACCACAUCUCCGUCUUCUCUGGAUGGGCGGCCCAGUCCAGCGCGCUCACCUCUAGACAGGCGGCCGUCGUCUACUCCUUCUUCAUCUUCCCCUCUGGACAGGAAACCCUCGCCAUCACCUUCCCCUGCACAUCGAUCCAGCGCCUUGCCAUCAUCGUCGUUGUCAGCGUUGGAGAAGAAGCAUCAAAACGGGACGAAGGCUUCCUCCAAGCAGCACAGAAGGCUCUCAGGUCAGUCUUAAGACGUUACGUUUUCUGAAGUCAUAAUUUCUCGCAACUAAACGUUAAACAGUGACACUCAUUUCUUCUGCUGACCAGUGAAAGCAGUUGAAGUAUAAAUGCUGUUGAAAGUUGGAAAUACUUAACGAUUUAGUCAUUUCCCUUUGUGCAUUUUUGUGGUUUGGUGAGUUUGAUCUGUAAAGCUCCGAGAACAGAUUUCAUAAAUUUUAAUGAAAAAACUUCUUCUCUGAGCUGAAACAGUUUCAGCUCUUGCAUGAGAAUGCCUACAUACAGAUACAUGUAUGUGCUCUUACAAGCUCACACACUCACACACAUUCUUUGUCUUAUCUCCAUAUUCCCCUGGAAAGCUUCCAGGCUGAAUGUUUGCUGCAGACAGGAUAGUGGCGAAAUCAGAUUGCGACUCCUCUUUUUUUGCGCCUUUCUCUGUCUUAUUUACUCUAUCCUGUCAUUCUUUCUAAACAUCCUUUCCAUGUUCCUCUUCUUUCUGUCGGAUCCUUUCUUACCAAGUCUCGGGUUUCUCCUGUUAAAUAAGACUGGAGCACCAAAGUUCAGAUAAUGGUCAACCGUGAAAGAAAGAGAAGUAAAAACAUGCACAGUAGUAAAGGGAUUUUUGAUUGAUGCUUUUGGGUACGCAUGUUCAUGUCUUUUCCCUCUUCCUCCACUCCUCAUUUCACUCUUCUUCUUUCUCGAUGUUUGCGCCAUGUCUCGCUGUGUGCCGAGCUUCUGAUUUACACCCUCUAAUUUGCAGGCUCCCACUGCCAAAAAAACUGCUUGUCUUCUUGAGAGAUUUCCCCCACCUCCUGUGCCUCUAUGUAUUUUCAUCCUCUCACUCUCUACCUCCUGCCUCGACCUCUUCGUUCCUCUCCUCUUACACACUCCUACUCUGGCCUCAUUUUUUCUCCCCUUUCUCACACCCCCCAUCCCCUCCUCUCUGUUGGCUUUUUUGUCAUCAUUAGUCACUGUCUUGUUUUUCUCUCAUCUCACCGUUCAGCUCUUUGUGUUUGGUUUCUCUUUCUGAUCAGUCUGCCUUCACCCUACCCGUCCUCCUCUUGCUUUUCUUUCUUUUGAAGUUCAUGUUAACAUGUGAGAGGGUUUUGUGAUUUUUGUUCAUGUCUGAGAGCUCCACGCUGUUGUUUGUGUUUUUCUUUUAUUUUUUUUGUUCUCUGUGUCCAUCGGCGCUGGCUCAUACUGCACACACAAAAAGAUUACAGGGAUUAUAGGGAGGGCCAGCACUAGAUUACAGCCCUCUGACAGUUACACUGUUUACGAUAACCUGCUGACAGGAGGUCGUUGCUAGCCAGCUAGUUUGCUCACGGGGUGUUUUUGCUAUUGCAGAGUUUUUCCCUGGCUCAGAGGGGGGUCGAGGUGAUACCCUCCUUACCCUGCACACACCAGCAUAUUUACAAACAACACAUUAUAGGAAUUUUAAUCACCGCAUAAUUACAGGGAAGACAAUCUCAUUAAAAAAAAUGCUUGUUUCUCACAAGGAUAGGUCGUAACUAUGAUAUUUAAUGCGACAUAUAUCUGAUGUAUUGAUUUAGAGGUUGAAACAGAGUAUGAAUUUUUUAGCUCAACAAUAUUUGUAUUAGUUUUAUACAGAUUCUACAAAGGAAAAACAUCACAAACACCCCCAUUCCCUCAAAACCCUGUCUACUGCUGGAUGUUCCUAUUACUGUGCUUAAAUAACAAAUUCUGGAGCAAUAUCAAAAAUAAUUUAAAUAAAUGAAUAAAAAAUACAAGUAAGCGCUGGAACUCCGGUUUUGUAGAUCUUGAAAUACAUAAGAUGUUGAGGAAUAAAAAGUAAAAUUAGAGUAAGUUAAAUGAACUACUGCCUGUAAGAGAAAUACAAAUGUAGACAAGUCGCUGAAAACUGAAAAAGUCCAUAAAAGAGAAUUUAAAUUGUAUGAUUAUAAAACAUCCAAGAAAUAGAUUUCAAAAAGAAAACAACUAGAAGAAGACAGUGCCGAUUCAAAAUGAUGAGAGGAUCUGAAUGUGGUCUAGAAAAGGUCCCCAGGUCUUUUCCAAUUUUCUGUCAUUGCCUGCAACCGAGUAACGAAUCUUCUCAAGGUCUAAACAGGACAAAUGUACUUUUUAACUAGUUUUCAAAGGGUCAUUCAUAUAAGUUGGCCCGACCUACAGGAGAGACACUUUUGUCUGACAGCAUAAACAAAGUGAAGUUGUCAUUAUGACCAAUGGCUUUAACUUUUAAUCAAAGAGCUGAGCCAGGGUUAAAAAGAAAAAAACUUUCCUUUUGAGGAUCUAUAUUUCUUUAUGAUUUCUAUCUCGUAUGCAAAUGUGUGUGGAAAAGUAUGGAGGUAGUUGAUCGAUUUCCAGGUCUUACAAAGUGUGGUAAAUGAGAAGUAAAGUAUGGAAACGUAUCUAUGUUUCCAGAUGAUUAUCACAGUUUUAAAAUACUGUUUUCUAAAAAUAGAUAAGUAGGUAUUUCCAAAAACAAUUCUAAAAAGUACCCUGAUGAAAAGUAUGAACCCUGAUAAAAGCUUUCAAGUUUAAAAUAGAAUCACAUAUCUGUAUUAUCGGUUCCUCUUCCCUGGAAACACGUCAUUUAUCCACCAAAAACAAGAUUAAAGUCAUGAAAAUUAUUCUGUAAUUUGUUACAAUAAACAGAAAAAUAAGAUCAGAUUUGAUUAGCAGGGAAGAACCCACCUCCUCUUCACAGGUGAUUCAGAGGUUGCUAAGUUUUAAUAGUUGUACAAAAGUAUUUGACAACUCAUAUACACUAAGAAAAGGGGCAAUAGCAAGAAAAAAAAUACAAUAAUCACUUAUUGGAAAUAACCAAAACUGGACACUGUAACCAACCCUUUUUUUGGAAAGUAAAGAUUGAUCUAGAGUCCCAUUCCUGUUCUCAGUCUCCAGUCCACUUCAGAUCUGGGCUCGAAUCAAACACAUUUUGCCCUGAAACAAAUCUCUCGACAUUGACUACUUGAGACAUUGGCUGCCAACUGGUAUAGCCUUAAAAGUGAAGGGAUAUAUUUUACUGCGUUUUACUGCGUUUUCCUCCUCUGAUUCCAUUCAUGAGAGUUUCCUGCGCUGUCGGUCACAGUUGACUCUUGUCAGGCUGCCAGCAUGUCCUGUCAAAAACGAUUUGUCACAGCAUGCGGGAUCUGUCCAGUAUAUCUGUUUGGGAGUGGAAGCAUUGCUAAUAAUAAUGUCACACUGAAUAGUACUAUAAGAAGACAGAAGGCUUAGACCGCAACUGAUUGAUUGAGUGAACGAAGGCGGAAACAAACAGACAGUGUCAGCGAGUGAACGCCUCAAACGAGACAAAUUAAUGCACUUGUGAUGUGAUGCUUAAGGGAGGGGAGGAAAUUACCAGAUGAUGGAUUUCAGGAGCAGUCUCGUGUGUCUGUGUGUCUCUACAUUUUGCACAGGGAGAGUGUUUGACCCGAACAAGCACUGUGGAGUCCAGGAUCCUGAGACUAAACGCCCCUGCACAAGGUCCCUCACCUGCAAGGUAAGUCAAAUAUCCAACCACAGCUACGACCUUGUCUGCCUCCUCUGCUGUCCCUGCGAUAAGCCGGUCCUCCCCAUCCCUCAGUUAAUGCAUGGAAGGAGUGUUAAAGCAUAAUACGGCCUUCGCUUCCCUUGAUGAGGUAAUUAUAGAUGUUGGAUGAGGCGAGACCAUCUUUCAGCUGUAAAACUCUCUUUUACUGCCCUUUAAUUACUCCUGUCAAGCUUUGCUAAUCACUUCAUAGUGGUUGUUAAGUAAAUAAAGAUGUGUAAGGUUAACAGAUUGACAAUUCUAGAGGAUGGUGUGAGAAUAAGCUCGGCUUUUGCCUCUUGUUUUUCAUCACUCAGGAGGCAAAACCCCUUAAAGCUUUAAAGUGAGCGCUAGGAAGAUUUUUCUCCCCAAGCUAUGCUACCUGUUUAAAGCAGAGUUACACGCCUCACUCGCUCACUCACAUUUUUUAUUGGAAAACCAAAUGUUUGAUGGCUGGUUACCCUCCAAAGUAGCUGGAAGAGUAGACAAGCUCACCAGCCACUGGCAGUGUUUACCUAUGUUAGGCUGACGUGAUGCAGGAAGCAGCAUGGUGCAGUGAUUAUGGAAACUUUCCUGAAAACCAGAAAACCCUGAUUCAAGGGAACUGCUAAAGACUGUUUGAAUUGAUCACGGAUCAAUAUUUUCAUUAACAAAGUCCCUGUAGAAGAAAUCUAAACCAUUUAUCACUCUCUGAUUAUUUGCUCCAAAAGAAAAACAAUGUGAGACUUCCAUUGAACCUUCUUUUUUUUUGUUUUUCUGGCUCCCACAGACUCACUCCUUAACUCACCGCCGAGCCGUCCCUGGCCGAAGGAAACAUUUCGACAUCCUCCUGGCUGAACACAAGGGGCGAGCAAAGGAGAAAGAGGGAGCGAAGGAGAAGGAAAAAGAUAAGGAUGUGUCUCAAGGUGGAAAAGAAGGCAGCAGCCAGAGUGUUGUGUCACAGGAGACCACCUCUCCCAGCAAGCCUCACUGCCUAAACGGACGACCCCUGUCCACACUGAAGCUGCGGCUGGCAAAUGCACACAUACCCAGGUCCGAGUAGACCCUGCUCAUGAUUAUAACAAUGCAGCUAUUUAUAGAAGCAAGAAAAAAAAUGUUUUGACUUUAAUUACCCAUUCAUGUUAGUGUCCCAAAACUCUUAUCUGAUUUCACUGUGGAAUUUCAGGUGGUGCACUUCUAAAAACCUUUUAGCCUGCUUAUGUCGUCCUUAAUAAAACACAAAGAAAAGGAGUACCUUCAGUAGGAAUGGGCAUCUCAAGCAGAAACUAACUUCAGUAUUUACUGGAAAUCACCAAUCAAUCAAAAAGUUACCUUCAUCUUGCUGUGUGCCUCACUCUUUGGGCUGUAGUUUUAGUUGGUUUGUUUUUUCAAGGUCCCAAUAGAAAUCUUUGAUUGUUGAGGAAGUCUCUGUUUUCUCCAGUUCAGAAUCUCAGAAAAUAGGAGUGGGAGAAAAAAUCGAUACAGCACAAUAUCGCGAUAUCUUGUCUGAUGAUAUAUUGUAUCAUCUCAUUUACCAGGUAUCAAAUUUUUUUUUUCAAAUUAAUUGUGAAUAUGGAAUCAAAUCUAUGAUAAUGGGGAAAAAAAAAUCAACUGUUUGUCCAGUGAGGUCGGCAGAGGUGGCAUCAUAGAGCAGAAGACAGUUAGUGCAACAAAUAUAUAUCUAAAGUUUGCAAGAUGUGCUUCAUGAAAAUAAAACACGGGGUAAAUAAGACAAACAUAAAGGAAAGACGAAUGCUAAACUAGCUAAACAGUUGAAAAAAUUGUAUAAAUUGCAAUAUAUAAUAUUGCACAAUGUUAAAAAUUGCACUAAUAUUGUAUCGUGGCCCAAGUAUCGUGAUAAUAUCGUAUCGUGGAGCCACUGGUGAUUCCCACCCCUAUCGGAGAACCACACCUGUUUUACCAGGUCCUCCCAUUAAUGCUUUCCUUUUCUUUUGCUGUUCACCGGUGUUUCGAAUCAACCCUCUUAUAAUCAAAAAUCAUGAAUCAUCUGCUUAAAUUUUGUCUGUUCUUUGAUCCAUUUAUCUGUUAUUUUUGCAGCUUUAUUUUUAAAUUGAAGCACGCAGUAUAGUCAGGAAUGGAAAAACCCUUUCUGUAGUUGCCCUCUUUUAAGUGAUGAAUCAUUCACUUUCAUUGACAAAAAUUAUCCUGAUGCUUUUCCACGUAUCUGUGCUUGACAGAGACUGAUGUAUGGGGGAAUCCCUGUCUUUUCUUGUUGUUCCCACCAGGGGAUGCUGUAAACAAAAAAUGUUCAAGAUUGAAUCUGACGUAUAAGUACAGCAAAUGCGCCCUUGUGAAAGUGUUUCCUAGAAAUAACUUCCUUUUUCUAUUCAGGGGAGGAAUCUCUAAUUUUAAAAGGAAUUCUGAAGAAAUAUUAUGUAAAAUGUGAUUGUUUUAGCAAGUUUGACACAUGCUCAUCUUAAGACUUGUCUUUUUUUCUUUCUUUUUCUCUCACUUCUUUCCUUCUUUCUAACUUUGUCCAUUUUCCCUUCUUCUUUUAUUUAUUUCCUGGUGUCUCACACUCCAAUUCUGUCUCAUUCACCUUUCCUUUUUCUGUCACUAACCCAUAUCUCUGUUUCUGACACCCCAGGGUUCCUGGCUCCUCCACAACCACCUCCAGUCCUCUGCCCCCAGCGCCAGCUCCCACCCAAAUCGCUAACCCAGAGCCGUCCCCCCACAGUUGGGUAACAGCAGCAGGAGACAGCAGUCGACUUUCCAGUGACGAGGGAGAUGCAGAUACCUUAGAGGACUCUGAAAGACCGGCUUAUCACUACUCCAAUCACCACCCACAGCCUUUAGGGGUAAUGACUACUUAAGCUGCACUUACAGACAUUUUGGUAAUCCAUAACCUUCCAUCAUUAAACACCUACAGCACUAACUUUCAUUUGCGCUCCAUGGAGACUGCUUCUAAAUGCCAAAAGAGGAAUAAUGUUAAUUUGUUUUUCAGCUCAGGUGAAGCUCAAAUGUUUUCAGGGCAUAAAUAGGCAAAUGUCAUGUUUAAAAUCAACCUCUGUAGGUUUUUUAACACUUAUAAAAUGCUUUAAGGCUACUUUAUUUAAAUGUCAUUUGUUGUCAAAAUUAAACAUAAGUUGCUGCACUUACUGUGGUUGAAUAUGCAUGGACUAGGUUUCCACGUAUCAUAGAAAAUCUUGAAACAGCUGACUGUUUUGGGGUUUUUUUUAAGUCAAAGAAAACACCUGUAAAACUGGCAAAAAAGCAAAAUGUCUUUGAAAAGCCGAGGCUAUCAUGGAAAAUCUAUAACCAAAAACUUAAGAUGAAGUCCCAAACACCCCUUUUUGUUUUGUGAGACACACACAGCGAAGAGGAAAGAUGGCAGCAAAAGAUUUCCAUGGAGUACUUUGAACUUGUUAUUCGCAGGAAGAUUCCUGAUGGUAAAGUUAAGGUCCCUGACGUGGAGGAACAGAUCGGUACUGUCAGUCAUAUGGUUUUUUUUUAUCCCAGUCUGUUACACUCAGAUUUUUAAAAGUACUGUCUAAAUUUAAAGUGAGUCCAGGCUUAUCUUAAUGCGUAUAUUAUCACUGUUGGAAUUGUAUUGAUGUGGAUGAGUGAAGAAAAUUGAGGGUGUGAUCGUCUAAAAUUGGUGAAAAACCAAUCCAAUACAUGACAAACUGGAUCAUCAGAGAAACUGUGGUUGUUAAGAUAAAGGUCAAGACUAAAUCAGGUCAAAGGAAGAGUGUGUUACUCUAUUUCCUGUCUUUGUGAAACUACACAUAAAUGUCAGUUGACCUGUUCACAGAGUCGACAUUCAGUAAAUCUGCACCUAAAGGUCUUGACUCUCAGUUUGGGAAGUAGAUUGGUUUCUGUUUGAGUCAGAUUGGCCGGUCAUAUUUUGGCUUUUGGUGAAUGCUGGAAAAACUGUCUGUAAAGAGGGCGUGAGUAGACGGCGAGCAGUUUGUAACUUGAUGACAAUCAUAUUUGUGUAUAAAAGAAUUCAUGAUCAAAAACUUCAAGCUUCUGACAAAUCUGCUUGACACAGUUUCGCCUCCUUGGUGUCCAUGAGAAAUGAUUGAUCUGAUGUCCAUGCAAAAAAAAAGAAGUCAUUGCAGAAUUUUCCCUCAGCUGAUGAGUUAGACAGAACAUGCAUUUGGGAUUUUAUAAGUCUGCAUCAUGAAGUUAAUUUAGCAAACAAAAGAUCCAUUUAUUGUGAGUAAAUUGGAAGAAAAUUGAUUUCUCUUUGGUUUCAUACUGCUGAAGCAACACUGCUGUGAGGUUAUAACUAGUUUGGUUUGAGUUUGGCUUUCUUCUCGCGUUAAAAAUUGAGAGUCAAAUAUUACGUUAGAAACAACAAAGGUGAUAUUUCUUGAAUUCUUUGGAAGGUUGUUUUUUCUAGCCUUUUUAAGAUGUGUGCAUUUAUCAAAGGAGUAGUUUAGUAUUACUGAAGAGACUUUGUAUGAGCUCCAUGUCAUUCAUGAGUCUACUAGCCACAAUGGAUGACUGAAACUGCUGGUAGAAACAGGACAUUACCUGUUUCGGCAGACGGGGACGACUCUGCUAUUUGAAAGACUGUGACAAAAGCAUUCAUCUCGGUUAAGUUGUACGCUCUAUCAAGGAAUUUUUCGCCACUAUUUUUGGACAUUUCAUUUAUUGUUGACACUGCCGUACUGAAAGCCACUGUUUGUGUCUUUCUAUAACAUUCAGAAGUUGUUGUUAUAUGAAACCAGAAAAGGAAGAUAGAGAUAACGUCUUUUAAGUAUGUGUUUGGGCCUCAUUUUGAUUUUUCACCGCUUAAUGACACAACCCGUGGUCCACAAAAUAUGUUUACCUCAUCAGAAUACAUUGUUUGCAGCUGAAGAGGAUGACUGAGCUGAGAUAACAAACUCUACACACAACACUGUGUCCACUGGGUCAUCUUCGGCAUGCGCUGCUUAAAAUUAUGCAAAGCUGAAUCAAAAAGUAAAUUCACAAUAUAUCAGUGUCUCGUACACUCUAGACUGGAUUCACCGAUCCUGCUGCAUAAGGAAGAUUAGAUCACAUCUCGGUGUUGCAUCUGCAAAUAGUGCAAAAACUAAUGGACUUCCUGAUUGCAAAGUUAAGUGCUGUAAAAUUGCUCAGGAGGGGGUGCACCUAAACUGAGAUGUUUGCUUGGGUCAGAGUUUCUCAAAAUUAGUCAAAUUACAUGACAGAAUUGACCCCGUCAACAGACCUGUGGCCCACCUAUGCAUCCUGUGGUCUAUAUGCAGUUUUGUAGCGAAAGGGCAGAGCUGACCGACACCUUUUUUUUUUUUCUCGUACACUUACUUGUAGCAUAUAGCUCGUACAAGCUCACUAUAGAAAUUCUGAAAUAGCCCUUUAAUUUUUUUGUUUUUGAGAUAUCUUCAGCACACACUUGUUUUUUUCUGUUUUUUCACCUCCCUCUUGGUCAUUUUUUUUCCCACCUAGAUAACACUUUCACUCCACACCCUGUUUCAGCUACCUAUCUCAUUCCUCCUCCCUUUGUCUCUUUCACACUCACUCUUUUAGUUUUUAGUCCUGUUCCUUUUCUUGUUUACUACAACAUUUCUCUCCAUGCCUCAUUUUACUUUCCAUCUGGUCUAAUCCCUGAACUUCUCUCUCAUUCUGUCUCCUUCCAGUGCUGCGUAUUCAGCAGCAGGCUCAUGGGACGGGGCCACUACGUGUUUGACAGGCGGUGGGACCGGAUGAGGCUGGCGCUGCAGAGCAUGGUGGAGAAACACCUCAACGCACAAAUGUGGAGGUGAGUCUGCAGAGUGUAUUCAUAUAUUGACUAAUUAGCUGUCUGUAAUGUUGAGGGCUUGGUUGCAGCAUUGUGCAUGACGAACAGUCUCAGGAGUUAAAGGUGCACUAACAGCAGAGCAACAGAGACUUCACAGUGUACAUGAGCUGCAAAGAGAGUAAGUCACUUUAAGAGGAACGGUAUUUCUGGGCUUUUUGAUGGUUUCACAUGCAGUUGUUGGGCAGAUAAGGUGUCAUCAGCCCACAUGUCUGAUGAGCGGAAAAAUGCAAAAAAAAAAAUAUAUAUAGCAGUCCAAAUAUAAAAUAUUUGUUACCUUGAAUUCUUCCUAUUAUUUUAUAGUUCUAUCUAUCUGUCCUCUGUAGUACUUAUCUUUGUGUCUAGCUAUCUACUAUAUCUGUCUGUCCGACUCUCCACUUACCUGUAUGUCUAUCCGUCUCUUCACCCAUCGAGAUUUGUUAUAUCUAGACUCUUCUAAAUCAAAUUUAUCCAUCCCUCCUUUUUUGUCCAUCUUUCUUCUACUUUGCAUAUUCACAGGAAUAUAAGACUUUCGUUUUCUUGAAACUGAUGUGGAAAAAAAAAACUGGAUUGUCAGUAACACUUUACUCGACGCCGAUCUCUAUGAUGCAUCAUAAAUAUAUUUAUGAUGCGUUAUAACCACGUUAUAGCACAGUAUAACUAUAGUUAUAAAGACUCAUAAAUGAUCAUAAUGCUUUAUAGCAAUAAUCACAACACAUUAUAAAGCGCUUUAUCAAGACUUUCAAGGUCAGGUAUUAUAAUGUGUUAUAACUGUUAACAACAGUUGCAUUACAUUAUCUAUGUGGGCAUUGUCAGUUAGUUGUUAACAUUUAUAACUAAUUAUAAUACCUGACCUUGUGAGUCAUGAUAAAAUGCUUUUAAUGUGUUAUGAUUAUUGCUUAUAAGCAUUAUGAUCAUUUAUGAGUUAUAUAGUUUGUUAUAUAGAUAUAGUUAUACAGUGCUAUAAUGUGAUUAUAAAGUGUCAAAUAAGUCAAAUAAAGUGUUACCAUUAUUUCUUGUUUAAAUCAAAUUUAUCCAUCCCUCCUUUUUUGUAUGUCUUUCUUUUACUUUGCAUAUUCACAGGCAUAUAAGACUUGAAACAGAUGUGAAAAAAAAUUAGAAUUGUCUCAUUUUUGAGUUUCAGCAGAUAAAUACCAAGGUUAUCUAUUCAAACACUUUUAUCAAGUAAUAGUUAAACUCUUCUUUAGCCAGUUUUAUGUCUCGUACCAUGGUUCCCAAAGGGGGGCACAUAUGGCUGGGAGAAAAAUGUCAUGCAGAACUGUUGCCUUGAAGAUGGAAUCAAUUUCACAGCAGCAGAAUAAUAAGCAAAAAACACAAAAUUUAAUUCCCUUUGAGGGGCGAAUGGCAGGAAAAGUGUGAGAUCACUCUACUUGCUCUCUCGGUUUUUUUUGCUUUCAUUAUUGUCUCUACAGUCAGUCAUCCAUCAAAUGUAAGUUGAGAGGAAUUGUGAGCAUCAUGCUCAUUUAUCAUGAAAACAAGCACAGAAAUAAGAUGAUUUCUUUGUGUAACUUAUGAAUACAAUCAAACACGACACUGGUAAUUUCAGUGUUUAACGAGAUGAAAAACAAAUGUUUGAUUUGCCUGAUUGCAUGUGUUAAAGAAGGACUUGUACAAGAAGAUUUUCAGAAGGUUUUUUCAUGAGCUGGAAUUACACGUUAAGUGGAGAAUCAGCAGGAGCUCACAGAUAACGGUUCGACUAAUUGGUUAAGGAGAACGGUCAAACUUCACAGAUUUUGCAGACACAGGAAAGCAUUGUUUGGUAAAAUACAAUAUAUUGAUGAAGUACUUAAGGUUCAGUGCUAAUCCAUAUCAGCAGUAAAGCUUCUUUGUUUGUGCAUUACUCAUUGAAUUAGAUCCUCUUCCUGUUUCAGGAAGGUGCCUCUGGCUGCUGAGAGCCUCCUCUCCUUCUCCUCCUCCUCCGGUACCUCCCCCAUCACAUCACAGCAGACUCCCUCUCCCACCUCCGUCACCUCUCCCACCUUCUCCUCCCCCUCCAACUGCCUUUCAUACACCGCAACAUUUCCUCAGUCUGCAUCCACGGCAGGAGUGUUCAGCAUUCGAGACGUGGCGCAGCCCGUCGCCCCAGUUUCAGCGCUGGGUAAAGCGCGUAACGGCACGCAUAAAGCCAGCCGCCCGUCCAAAGACAUGGAGGACUCUGCAGUGGGAUCUAAAAAGAGAAAAAACUCUUCCUUUUCCUCCUCCUCAUCUUUUUCUUCUUCCUCUUUGUUGACUGUGGAUAAUUACAAGAGGAACGGCAGCAGCUAUCAUCCACCAUUACAAGGAACAGGGGGCGCAGGGGGAACCCCUGUCAGGAAAAAGGGACUGGAGCGUGGGGGGAGCGGGCUUUGGAGCAGUGGAGAGGACUGGCUAUCAAAAGCUGAGGGGUCUCAAAGCCACAACUCACAGAACAGGUAGGAUAUCACUCUUAUUUUUUUUUUAUCUUGAUUGUACUUUGCAGGAUGAGUCAGCUAGACUACAUUUAGAGAAGGAAACUAUUAGUAAACAAACAGAAAGUGGCUUUUGUUAUGUCAGCGGGUCAAAGAAAAACAGCUUUAUUUAGAUUUCUAAUAAUCCCGCCACAGUUUUUCCAGUUAUUUUCUGUCAUUUGCGGUUUUUUGAAUCUUCCUCAGAAGUCAAUUCUUACGAAUACAAAAGUAGUGCUUGAAGUGAUGUUUCUUUCAUUGAAGCAAGCUUUCUUGUAAGUGUAAGUGCUGUGACUGUUUUCUAUAAGGUCUUUGUUCUUCAGGCAGUGCUGGUGAUAAUCUGUUCAGUGCUUGUCGUCAGUACAUCUAUAUGAAGCCCUCAUAUAAAAGGAACUUAUGUUAAUUGUUCUUAAAAAAGGUAAAUUUUAUUAUAGCUAAGGCUUCAAGUAAUAGUUUUGUCUCAAUUCAGCUUGACAGUAUGUAUAGGCAAGUAAUCUAUUUAAAAUAGAGCGGUGUGUAAACAGAGGGGACAGUGCCAGCAGUGCAGAGGCUGUGAUGACAGGUGUUUGGCUUCCUUCUUGAAUAUACAGCACUGGAAAAUCUAUCUGGAACUCGCUGGAUUUUAUUAAUAGAGGCAAUUUUCUUCCUCUUCUGGCCCUCUUCAGUAGAGAACUUGGCACGACCAGUAUACCCUACUCACCCCACAGGGAGCCUGCAUCCACCCCCCAUCAGCCCCUGGCUCCCCCCUCUGGACCCUUGGCUUAUGUAGGAGGAGCAGAAGGGCGAAAGAGGAGAAGUCCCAGCUCCUACAAGGGGAAGGCGAGCAAGCUGAGCAGGCCGGGCAGUUUGGAGAGCCUCUUUGGGAACGGGAGUGAAAGGGGGGGAAUACUCGUCUCUGGGCCCGAGUCCCCCAGACAGGUGAGUGUUGUAAACUGCCUUGAGACACUCUUAAUAAAGCACUUUGAGGAAUACCCCAGUAAUUUGGUUUCCACUGUUCUGAAAGGUCAGACUUAUGUAACAGUCGACUUGCAUUAUACAUUACUGAGCCGAGGAGACUUUUAGCCUUUCUUGCAGUUAUAGACUCCAGGGAUGAUCACCGACUCAACAAAGGUCAGGUGCACUCGGACAAAAUGAAGUUUAGAUGUUUAUGCUUCUCAAAGAAUUAUUUAUGUAUUUAAAAAGAUUUUAUUGUUUGGCCCAUGUUCAAAUUGUUAUCAUGGAGGGAGUAGGCUUUAAACCCUAUUCUGAAACAAGUCACCUGACACUUGGUGGAGCUCUGCCAGUUUUGGCUUCACUCAGAAUAGUUGUAGCUCUGUCCAUGAUUUUAUACAGUCUACACUAGGGCCCAACCGAUGUAUCGGCGAGCCGAUUAAAUCGGCCAAUUUUAGCCCAUUUUAGACUAAUCGGUAAUCGGCCAAAAGUCGCAGAUUUUCGCCAAUAUUUUCAGAAAUAAAAUGCGGUGAAUAAGACCCGGUUUCACUUCGAAAAUGUUCCGCCAUUUGAAAAGUUCCCCGACUUAUCUUGUAGAUGGCGCAGCGACCUCAUGACAAUGUCCACUAACUACCUCACAGCACAGCAGAGUGACGGAUCUGGUGGUUGAAAAGGCUUUUCUGGUCCGAGUUUGAUCAGUCACUCUUCCUGUCUGCGUGAAGAGCAGUAGCCUAAAGUAUAUCUACAGUAUACUUUGUACUGUAGAUAUCUACAGUAUAAAGUAUACUGUAGAUAUCUGCAGUAUCUAUAUUUUUUCUAACUUAAUUAAAAAAUCGGCCGAUUAAUCGGUAAUCGGAUUUUUUCCCCCCCUAAUAAUCGGCAUCAGCCCCAAAAAAUCCAUAUCGGUCGGGCCCUAGUCUACAAUCACAACUGCUCAGGGCAGCUAACUUUAAAGUGGAUGAUUGAGUAACAGGUGGACACGAGUAGUAGCAAGGCGAUUGCCUCACUUUGUCUGUUCAGGGGUCACUGGAAGUUACUUUAAGUCAGCAUGUCCAAUACGGUGACCUUCAUCAAAGGGCUUUGAAUCGCCUUGAAAAGUGUGUUUGUGCUUUAUUCAAAAUCCCAGCAGAUUCAGCUCUGCCCUGUAUGUCGUGCUAUCCAGCAAAGUCAGCAUGCAAAGAGCUCAGCUGAGAUGGUGCUCGUGGUAAAAUCACCUUUUCAGCAUCAGAAAGUUUUCCAUGUCAUUGACAACAUCUGGAAGACUUGUGUUUGCAUUUCAAGUGUUAAGCUUUUGUCUCUCUGUCUUUCUAUGCAUAAAAAAAUAUCAAAUAUUAAAAUCUCAGAGAAACAAAAAAAGCUAAAAAAAACAAAUCUGAUACGAUUUACUCUUCAUCAGUUUCAGUUCUCUUUCAAAUCUAAACCAACAUUAAUUAUCUGUCAUGGAAACCAGGGAAGAAAGAACUAGUUAAUCACCAUGAAAUAAGACAUUACUGCUGUGAACAAACAGAUGUAGACACCUUUGGGCUGUUUCCCCUCUAAAAGAAAUUAAGCUUAAAUAAAUAAGAGCAAACUUAUGGUCUGAGUCAAUCAAGCCAAUAAUAAAUAAAGGAAAGUUAAACUCUCUCUGUCUUCUUUCUCCUGCAGUCCAAGUUACAUCACUGA